AUGGAUAAUCCUUCGCAGUGUCAGGCCUUGAAUGUCUCAGACGAGAAGAGGUGCAUCGAGACUGCCACUUCUUUGAACGGAUUCUUCUGCGCUUUCCAUUCGAGACAAUGCCAAGGUCUCUAUCGAGGUUACAAGCUUCGAAAUGCAAAGCUUGAUCGCCUCGUGGAAAAUUCUCCAAAUUACCUUGCUGCAGCCAAAGCGCCGCUGCAUAGCCUGACAUAUGAAGAUGUCUCAAGUCAUGAAACACUCAAGGAAAUUCACGAUCAUCUAUUCCUCAGACUUCAGCUCCUGGAAAGGGUCAUCCGUGCCCGAAAACUGCAUAUGAGUCGCUUCUGUUCACAGGACAUGGACUAUGGCCAUGUCAAAUGGGUCGAACAUCUCCAAAGCCAGAAAUCCUCAACUGUUCGAGCUCUGGAAAAGCUGGAGCGACAGACAUCAGAGUUUUUGUACAAGAAGCAGAAGUGGUACACAUGGGUCAGAGAAUGCCAGGACGAUGAAGGAAAGAACGGGGAGAAAGAGCAGAAGAAGGUUAAGGCAGAAGCUGCAAUGUUCAGAAGACAUUGGAAAGCGGCUCAGCUGAGGCAAAAUGACAAGAGAGCUAAAGAGGAUAAGUUGAGGGAAGAUGCUUUUCUCGAGCAGAUUUAUAAGGAGAGAAUGGCUGAGCGAGAGAGAAAUGGUGAAAGAGCGGAAGAGGAUGACGAAAUGGAUUGGGAUCCCAUCGAGGAUGUCCUGGAGGAUAGCAGAGGAAGCUAUAUCGAUCUGAUCCAGACCUUUCUUUGGAUGACAGCGUCUGAAAGCAUUCCGGAUAUCACCAAGGAGGACUCCACUGGCGCAUCGAUCGCUAUAUCGAAAGACCCUCCCGAUUCUUCCCCAAAUUCCAACGUCACAUUAGUGGACAGCCCUUCUGCAUCCAACUCCGCCAAGAAGCCGAAGCCCAAGUCAAAGUCAAAGAAAAAGAAGAAAACUUCUAACAGCGCCAGUUCCUCAACUCAAACAACAGCUCCUGCUCCCGAACCAGACAAGAGCCUCAUAGAAACACGGCAAGAAAUGCACGAUAGACUGAAAAACGGCGAGGAUUUCAACAACGAUAAUGUGGUUGGUAUGAUGAUUGCUGGGACCAUCGAAAAUCCAGUCAUCUCAACCAAAACGAUCACAUUUCCAGAGGACGAGAUCAAACGCUUACAAGACGAGAUUUUCCAAAUCAAGCAUCUUCUAUUCUGUCGAUUACUUCUUGGCCACGCGGCCUUGCUCCCAGCAGCUCUACGAGCGAACAUCGUCGAGGAGUUCCUAGCAGAUCAAGAAGUAACAACUGGAGAGCUUAGAGAUUUGUGCUUGAAGAUGGAAAAUCCAAGCCUCCAGGAUAUCCGUGACGCAUGUGCAGAUUUCUUUCGAGUUAACGAAGAGACCGAUGAAGACCUUGAGCCGUCUCGAGAAGAAGCCGAGGAACCCGCAGCUCCAUAUUCUGACUUGCAUGUGUUUCAGAAGAGAAAGGGGGACUUGCCGGACAAGUGGGUUUCAAAGCGAGAAAAGACGAAGCGAGCUGCAGAGGCAAUGGGGGCUCCAAUGCCGACAGUAAGUGAAAUGCUUGGGGAGGGUGGGGGUGCUGUCGAUUUCGGCAAUACCCAAGGCGCUUCCCCUUCGCCCACUGGAAAGAUCAAAGUCAAGAUCUGUGGUCGCACAAUCUGGAACUAUCCCAGCAGCAAAGCCAUGAACCGAGGAGGUUGGCUACACUUCUGCGUCAUGGCAAAAGAAAGCAAUCUACACGACGCCAUUGCGCUAUGUCGACAUUGGGAUGAAUUCUUCGAGCUGAAUGUCCUUGCAAUUUGGGGUUAUUUUCCGGGGAAGAAUUGGGCUGAAUGGGUUGGAAAUAGGUGGCGGCAGCAAAUGUUGCAGCUGGGCUUUAUUGUUUAUUUCGAAAGUGCGAAACCUGAUGCGCGUGAUCUCACAGUCAGAAUUCAGGAGGGCGGACGCCGUGGCCCAGUCCGACGCUCCCAUAACGCAUUCGAAGCUCGAAACUUCAUUUGUGCUCAUAUAAAAAGGGAUAACCAAGCCAGUCGUCGCUUGGUUCAAUACUUGUCCAUGCAAAGUCACCGACUUCUGGUUCUUGUCCGAGAUGCAGAGUCUGGACGUCUUCUAAUCAAACCUCCAGAAGAUCAGCGCUGGCUCUAUCGUCAAAAAUCGGGACUUGGAAGAGUAUCCCGGAAUGAUGAUUGGCAGAUCAUCAAAAGCAUUGGUCCGGACUUCUUCGAUGAUAUGGAUAAGUUUCGACAAUGGAGCUUUUCAUUCAAAGAAUACUACGACGUGUAUGUUUGGGACUUGGAAGCUGGAGAGCCUUUCCCUUGUUUGUACAACGCUGUGCAGGAGACACUUACGAAAGCCCUGCGAUGCCGUACUCCUCCAGACCUCUACAAUCCUGUAGCUCCAGUAAUUAGAACUCUCUACAAAGACGAAACUACCCAUCGUGUAAGAGAUAUUAAGCCGGGAGACGACGUGAAGAGCAUCUACGACAACUCACAUAGCCCAGACGUAAAGUUCAGGUACGGCACAGUUGAUGACCCAUGGGGUAAGAAUGCGUCUGGGCUUGCACCUGCGAGAAAAGUGUUCGAGGAGGAUAACACGUUUCCAAUGAAUUUAUUCUACACUAAAGCCGACGAAUUAGAAGGCGAGGUCCUGUUUCCUGAAGAACGUGAGGCGCAGAUGUUGGACCCUUCUCAGAUUGGAAAAAUUGAACCGCUUAGUCAAUGGGAGGAGACGUUCACUUGUCAAGGCUUCAUCGAAGGGUGGGAUUCUGAGUACACGGAAGACACCGACGAUGAGAAUUUGGAAUACGACUCCGAGUGGGAAGACGAGGAUGAUCUUGAAGCCGACCUAUCGGAGGACAACGGCUCCGAAGGCCUUCAAGAGGGCCAUGAAGAAGAAGAGUCGACUGUCUCUGAUACACAUGAAGAUCUACCAAUCACGCCCAACGAAAUCUUCCAUCGGAUGCCUUUCUCUAGUGAACUGAAAGAAGCCAUGAAGAAACUUUCGCUAAAGAGCGGUCAUUCUCACCGAGUUCGGCCCAAUACUAAGCCCAAAGAGUCGGAAAUGAGGGAAGAAUUCAUGACGUUCCUAGAUAGGGAGAAAGCAAAGGGUGAGAAAACUCAGAAUCCUGCCUCGCCCCUACUGCUCUUCCUUCAUGAUCAAUUGCUCCUCCUCUCCUAUCCUAUAUUCAAAGUAGUGUGGCAUAAAGCGGACCUCUCACCCCACGCCCAAAUACGCUACACCGAGAUGACGAAGAUGAUCAAAAAGAUUCGGAAGUACAAUCAUGAAGUUUUCGAUUAUGCGCCUGUGAUACUGGCUUUCAAGUUGAUACACGAGUUAGAUCUUUCUCAGGAUAAGAAGGAUCUCCACAAAGCCAUUGCCAAAAUGACUCCAUUCUUCCAUCAAGACUUCUUUGCCUCGGCAGACGGUGAAGGCUUCAAAGACUCGCUCUUAUUUAGACAAGAAGAACGGGCCAAAGCCCCUCAAGACGAGCGCUCGCAUCACUCAAAUAAGACUCGCCCAGCUGAAUUCUACGAAGAGUUCGACGCCGCCGCCAAAGCUGCCCAGUAUCUUCCUGAAGAUUUUCCUGAAGAGUGGGACAUUGUUAUUCGACCAAUAAUAGCCCAUUUAUACAAGGCUGGCGUCAUCCGCACCAGAGCAGACACAUACCACGAAACUCAAGCUUUCGCAGCUAAAGAGCCCGGGCGCGAUAAAUAUGACCUCUAUUUCGAAGCACGAGACCAAAUCGAAACAGUCCGAAUGCCACCCCAUGUGAAGAAUCCUUACGACGUCCCAUCCUUCAAAGCAUUCGCUCGCGCCUUCACUAAGAAGCAUCCCGGUGCCCGUUUCGCAGUCCUGUCUCUAUGGAGUGCGCCACACUUCUACCCGCUCAUGAUCGGACACGACAAUCACGACGCGACGUCCUUCCGAGACCUCCAAGGUAGGAAUUUCAUCUGGAAAUUCGUGCCGAAAGACAUGCCGUGUUCUGAAUGGUCUAUCCAUAUCACUGCCCAACAGCGAGUUGAGCCGUUCAAGAAAUACUUGAAAGAUAGGGUUGUGGUUAAGAGAGAGAAGUACUUGGUUAUGGGAGUUGAUGAGAAGGAUUUGCUUAGGCUGGCGUCUGCGACGACGUUUGCGAUUCAGACGCGGCCGUGGAGGCAGGAGGUUGAUCUUUGGAAGAGCUUUGUUAAUGUUGAUGUGGGCUUCAUUGAGGCGUUGGAUGAGAGGCAUUGGUAUAGAUUUGGUGUUGUGUGGGAUAUUUCCUUGUUGAUCUAG